GGCGCUCCCGCCGCUUAUGCCAAGGAGAUGGAACGCCUUUCUGCUAAGGAAUCUCUCCUCCUCGCCUUUAAGGAUGCUGGGGGUUUUGAAGCUUUGGUUACGGGGAAGCUAACAGACUUGCAACGGAUUGAUGUGAAUGAGAGGAUAAUUGGUCUUGAGCGGCUUAAUCCAACGCCAAGACCAACAACGUCACCCUUUCUGGAAGGUGGAUGGAACUUUGAGUGGUUUGGAUCUGGGAAUCCAGGGUUUUUUACUGCUACAUUCUUUUUUGAAAGAUUCCCCUCAAGUUUGGCAAAUUUGUCAAAAAUGGAUGUAGCAAUUAAGGAUGGAUACUCAAAGAUUACUGCAAACUUCAAAUUCUUGAACUCGAUAGAAAGCAAAUUUGUUUUGUCAGCCAAGUUAUCUGUGGAAGGACCACUUCGAAUGAAAGAAGAAUAUGUGGAAGGGCACCUUGAGUCACCAACUAUUGUUGAAGAGAGAGUACCAGAACAACUAAAAGGUCCAUUUAAUCAAGCUGUUGCUACAAUGCAGCAGGUUCCUGUUCCUGUUAGGGAUGCAGUGACAAGUGGACUGAGAUUUCCUCUGAAUGGGACAUUCCAGAGAAUGUUCAUGAUUUCUUAUCUUGAUGAAGAGAUCCUUGUAAUAAGAGAUACUGCUGGAAUACCUGAAGUUCUUACGAGGUCAGGUGCACCCUCACCUCCCAUCACAGAUCCCAUGUCAGAGUAUGAGAGCUAGAGAUUCAUGUACAUCUAUGAUGUAUUGCAAUUAAUUUUCUCUUUUUCACUUUUACCAGUAUACUGCUGAAACUAAAAUUACAAGGCAAUAAAAUUGAAGGUUUAAU